CGCCGAUAAACCUUCUUUCUUCAACUUCGAUCGCUGGCUUGAUCAGCCUCUCAUUUACUGUUCGGCUUUCCCCGUCGAUUCACUCACCCCGUUCUCUUCCUUUCACUUCCCUUCCCUUCUCUCGUCACAUUUCUGUAUCCCCUUUAUUUGUCGCGUUUCCUUUGUCUUUCCUAGUUCCAAAGGACAUACGUUCUUUCUUAAUUGUCCUGUCUUUUAUCUCUCCGCUUUUGAAGACUUAAGCGCCGCAUGAUCCUGUACCUUUAAUUAGACAGUCAUUAUGGCCACACCACCAGUUCGCCAAUGGGGGGUUACUCCUCCGAUCUCUACAGUCUUGCCGACUCCAGAUGAGCUCGCUGCAAAUGACGAUCUGAUCUCUGAACUAAAGUUGCAGAACAACUUCGAAAGCCCCACAGAGACCGAGCACAGGAAGAACACCCUCCAGCUUAUCCAACGUGUCACGGUCGAGUUCGUCAAAGUCGUCAGCCGAAAGAAGGGACUAUCCCCUGCUGCAGUGGAGGCAGCAGGAGGAAAGAUCUUUACUUAUGGAAGUUAUCGCUUGGGUGUUUACGGACCUGGGUCGGAUAUCGAUACCUUGAUUGUUGGUCCGAAGCAUGUUGUCAUCGAUGACUUCUUUUCAGAUUUCCCCCCUGUCCUUGAAAGAAUGGCUCCACAAGGGGCUGUUGAGAAGAUGACUCCUGUUCCAGAUGCCUUCGUACCUAUUAUCAAACUCGAAUUUUCCGGUAUUAGUAUCGACUUGAUCUAUGCCCGCCUGAUCGUCCCUUCCGUUCCACUCAACCUUGAUUUGAAGAACAAUGACUACCUCAGAGGCUUGGAUGAAAAAGAGGUCAGAUCGCUCAAUGGUACUCGUGUAACUGACGAGAUCUUGGAGCUUGUGCCUCAACAGAAGACUUUCCGUCUCGCUUUACGUGCUAUCAAACUCUGGGCGCAACGCAGAGCCAUUUACUCUAAUAUCGUGGGCUUCCCCGGUGGUGUUGCUUGGGCUAUGUUGGUGGCUAGAGUGUGUCAGUUAUACCCCCAGGCGACCGGGUCGGUGAUUGUGGGCAAAUUUUUCCGGAUAAUGAACAAAUGGGCUUGGCCUCAGCCUGUGUUGUUGAAGCCAAUCGAGGAUGGUCCUCUCCAGAUGAAGGUCUGGAAUCCAAAGAUUUAUCAUGGUGACCGCUUUCACCUGAUGCCGAUAAUUACCCCUGCGUACCCUUCGAUGUGCGCUACGCACAACGUCUCCAUGUCAACCAAGACUGUUAUCCUUCGCGAAUUGCAACGAGGCGGUGAUAUCGUAGACAAGAUUUUCCUGAAGCAAAACACUUGGAAUGACCUCUUCGCGAGACAUUCGUUCUUCACGCGCGACUACAAGUAUUACCUCAGCAUAACUGCAUCGAGUAGAACCAAAGAAGCAGAAGCGGUCUGGUCUGGACUUGUUGAAUCAAAGAUUAGACAUUUGGUUGGAGCUCUGGACAGGAAGUCAACCAUCGCAGUGGCUCACCCGUUCCCCAAAGGUUUUGAAAGGGUUCAUAUCGUCAGCAGCGAAGAGGAGGCCGAGGCUGUUAAAAAUGGGUCUACAAAGUAUCAAGAUAAGGGACAAAAAACAGAGACCACCGAUGAGAUAAACGACGCUGCUCAUCAGGCCGCGGCUAACAGCCAGAUCGAAAAACGAGAUGUCGCAGAGACCGUGGAGAACAAGGCCAAUGGUGAAAGCCGAACCAUCUACACCACAACAUAUUAUAUCGGGCUGGAGUUGAAGCCAUUAGAGCCAGGUCAAUCUCGGUCGUUGGAUAUUUCAACCGACGCCCAGAUAUUCAAGUCGACUUGUACCUCUUGGCCUGGAUAUCAACCCGGUAUCAAUGACCUGGCCAUCAUCCAUGUGCGGAACUUCGACCUUCCUGAAGAUGUCUUUCAACCAGGAGAAACGCGUCCCCAGCGACCGAAGAAGAAGAUUAUCAAGAAAUCCGGAGCGGGCGGUCAGAAACGAGGCAUCGAAUCAUUGGACGAUCCAUCGCUUCCGGCUGCGAAACGUCAGAUUCCGUCCAACGGAGUGCCCAAUACAGCAACACCUGCGUGAGUGCCUAUCAACCGUAGUUAGGCCCAAAACCACGAUGGGGCAGGUCCCCGAUCUGUUUGUGAGUGAGAUGCUCGACAUCAACAGUCACCGUUGCAACCAUAUAAAGAACCGCAUCCGGAUCGGAUGAUAUGUAGUAAAUGGGCGGCACAUCUAGUAUAAUCCCAGCUGAAAUCCACUAAAAAAGAAAACCUACAGUUGAUCUAGUGAUUCGUCCUCCGAGACGCACUGUUGCAACUGAUGUCAGGAAUUUCAAGGUUGGUUUCUUCUCUCUUUCUACUACCUUUUUUCUUUCUUGACCUCGCAGACAUUAUUUCUGUGCUAUCUUGCCCACCGAGCGACUACCUCUUUGCAGACGUUCGU